AUGACCAACAGUCCUGGUCGAAUGCCAAGCGGACUCAAACGACUAAAGGCUGGCCGGGUGCCGAUUAUCCGAGGCGCGCGAACAAAGCGGCCUGCAAGAGCAGCUGAGCGGCAAGAGCAUCUGCGGGCUGGCAUUGGCCGUCUGCAGGCGCUGCUCGCGACAUUGCCUCGCCCAGAGCGGCGAAAGGCCGUCGAGUCGCUUUCAAUGCGGCUGCGGACAGCUCUCCUCCGGCAGCUGGAGGUUGCUCGAUGGAGCGGUCAUUCCGGCGAGAUAUCGCAUGUGCGAAACGAUCGCCAGGAAACAGAUAUUCACAAGCAUGUGAGCCAGCGCAUGCUGUGCACUCGGCGACGGCCUCCGCACCAGAAGCCGGGAGGAGCGGGAGCGGUGUCCGCAAUUUCUGUUGGGAAUGGUACCGCCUAUAUGGCACGGAUCACCAUCCGCGGCGUGUCUGUGAGCUCAAGGUGUUUGGAGACUUUCGAAAAGGCGGAGACCUUGAGGCUCUUGCUCGCGGACUUGCGCUCUGCAUUGGAGGCAGUGCCGGAUGGAGAAGAGUUCGAGGAAUUGCUUAGGCAGGCCUUCGUCUCUGGAGGGUCUGACAAAGGUCGGAAAAACCAGCCGUGCUUGCCGGCUUCAUUGGGGGAUUUGCAGGCGCAGGGGCCAUCUUGGCGCUUUCAUGUGAGAGUUGAUGCACGCCGAUGGGCAGGGCGCCUUCUGACAUCAAGGACCCUUAGGUCCGUGGAGGAGGCGCUGAAACUUCGGCGCCAAGUGGCCGAAGCAAGGAAGCUGGGCUGGGCGGCUGUCUGCAAACUGUGGGCGAGGUGCCGAUCGCAUCGAGCUUUGCAGAGCCGCCAGGGAGGCUUACAUCAGCUUCAUGCUCACAGAGAUCAGCAUAUGCGCAGAAAGCAUGCAGUGCUAAAGGUCCGUGCCGUGGCAGCGCAGGACAAAAGGCUCAUGCGUUUAGAGGGCAAGAUCAAAGCUUUGGUGCCACGCUUGGAGAAGCAAUUGGAAGUGGUGGCCUGUGAGCGGCCCAAGCCCGGCCGCGAAAGUGCUCGAGGAAGAAUGAGAACCGAUUUUAUGGAAGUCUGGUGCCACAUGCGUACCCUAGACGAAGGGUUGAAGCAGCUUGACCAAGAUAGAGGUAAUCCGUCAUCCGGGACUGGGUGCGGCACUGCCAAGACGAAAUGCUGUUUCAACCUCGAGCAUGGAGGAAUGGUGUGA